AUGGUUAGGUUGCUACGAUUGGUAUUGCUCCGUCAUGUGAAGAGUUGCAGAUCUUUAUAUGUACAGUUUGAAUUACCAAGUUAUCUGUUACCCAAGAAAAAUCCAUUACCUUCUUCCUGUUUGGUGAUCAACAGUAUGGGAAAUAUAUGUAAUUUUCUCUGUCCUCAAAAUGUUAACAGAUGUUAUUCAACCUCCGCAUUAGAUGCUUCAAUUCAUGAUUCAGACGUAAAACUUUUAUGUGAAAAUGAAGCCGUACCUAUAUCAGUGGAAAACAUUAAUGACAGUGAUGAACAUGUAACAAGUGUUGUACAUAAAGAAUCAGUUUCAAAACACAAAGAGAAAUCAUAUAACAGUACUCCUGGUCAGCUCAAGUCUAUAUCUUCUUCGCUGCAAGGUCCGAAAGUAAUAAAAGAGUAUGUAAAAUUUCCUUUUCUUACGGACGACGAGAUGGGAAAUUGGAUUAUUAAGUCUCGGUUCAUGUUUAUAUUACGCGGACCACCUGGUUCGGGGAAAUCUUUUGUGUCGGAGUGCAUCCGAAUUCGUUUUCCCAUGGCUAAGAUCUUUUCUGCAGAUGAUUUCUUUUAUUUAGAAUCGAACGGCUAUGAGUACCAAUUUGACACCAGUCGAUUGAGUGAAGCUCACGAGUGGUGUCAUAAUAAUGCUUAUAAUGCUGCUUGUUCUGGAUACAGCCCAAUAGUUAUUGACAACACAAACACAAGAAGUUGGGAAACACGUUAUUACACAGAUAUGGCUCGUCGUUUUCACUACUUUGUAAUCAUGGUCAUCCCACAAACACCAUGGCGAUUUGAUGCGGAAACUUUAACUAUGCGUAAUGUACAUUUUGUCAGUUUAGAGACCAUUGAAGCUAAAGUCCGGAAUUUCGAACAUAUCUAUCCAUUGUAUUAUGGUUGGUUUUGGUCGGCACCACCGAGUGAAACAUAUUCAAAUCUUGACAUCUCAGAUACUUCACGAGACAUGGUUAGUAGAUCAGGUAAACGGUGUAAAAGCUCUAUUCACUCAAACCCAUGUAUGGAAUUGAAUCGGUUGCUUAAAUGGGGAUGGGAUGCUCUUAAUACUAUUAUAGAAUUACCCGGAGUACAUCAUGAAUUAAUAAAUGCUUUCGGUCUGCCCCAAGAUGCAACUGUACAAGAUGUAAUAACUCAUUGGGAAUCCGCUACAAUACCUGACUUCGGGACUGGCUUGAAAACUUGCAACACACCUAGUAUUCCUCAUGUAACAGCUAAAUUUUCCGGAUGUGGUCGAGCCGUCGGUGCAGAACAUUAUGCUCUACGUAGAUCUGUGAAUGAAACUUUACUGGGAAAAUUAUUCACAGUACAAAUUAUCGGCUUGGUGAUCACUCCACGUACAAUAGGUGCUAGGGUUAAACUUCCAAAUGAUGAGGUCAUUCGACAUCUCUGGGCUGCCAACGAUCAAGAAGUUGUAUUCCCAGAUAAUAUUGGUAUAAUGCCUGUGAAUCGUCCAACUGGUUGUCGUGCUCACGUUACAAUGGCUUUAGCAACUGGUGUAUCCCCAGCAGAAACAGGUCUUGAUGUACUACGUGUUGUAGACAUGGAGUUGAACAAUCGGCCAGGCGAUCAUGUAGCAAUUAUUAAAAAUGGUUCUGUUCGUCGACUUAUCAUUCCAAAAUUACAUUGUAAUACUUCACCUGAACGCUGUUUAGUAAAGGUACCAAAUAAAUUAAACUAUCAUCCACGUAAUAAUAAUAACUUUUACGUUAAUGGUAUCUCAUCCGUUCCGCUCUCAGAUUGUGAGACUAUUUAUGUGUACGAUCUUGAUUUUCCUCAUCACUACCGUGUUACUUUUGCUGCUUCUUAUUGAGUUAUCCUUUCAUAAGUUUCCAUUAAGUCAUCAUUAAUUGCCAAUAUCUUCUUGCCUAUCUGUCUUACUUUGAAUCGGUUCAAUUACCU